GUAUCAUGCCCGUCAGCCGCCACCUGGGGGUUUUUGUGUUUAAUUACUGUAUCAGCUGUUUAAUUCACUGUAGCUCAGCCAGGUCAGACUUUGGUGAUGGUUUGGUCAUGUUGUGCUCCCCCCAGGAAUGAGACUGUGGAUCCGGAAUUGCCGGAUCUUCCUGAGGAUCCAGGGCCCCCCGUGCCAGAAGAGAGUCCGAUUGUGGUCCUUGUGGAGGAUGAGGAGGACGAGGAAGAAUCUGACCGGGUAACUGUGACUGCAGUGGAGCCUGAUGACCAGGAGGGGGAGCCCUUGACCUCAGGGGGGCCUGAUCCCAGGCAGCUGGAGAGCAACGCCCUCUGCAAGGAGCUCUCUGGGAUCUCCUGCCGUGCCACCUUUCUGGAGUACCUCCGCCUGUGGUGCUCCGUCACUCUGGGCCGGCGACGUAGGCGUCAGGGUGACAUCCACACCCCACCGACUCAACAUCUGGACCACACCGUGCAGCCACUUCCUGAGGAAGAAGCCACCUCCACCCUUGAGGAGAUUCCCGGGCAGACGGAGGUCCCCCACGGCCCUACUCAUAUGGCCGAGACUCCAGCCCUGGAGCCCAGCCAGUCCCCGUCUCCUCUGCUACAAGGCUUCAUCACUACAACCGGGACCAUCGGCACAUCUUCGGUUGAGAUGCCUAUGUCCUCAAGCCAGGAGCUCCUGGAGAAGGGGGCUAUGUCCUUGAGGGGAGGUGCUCAGGAGCAGCAGGAGAGCCGGACUCUUGACACCAGCAGUGAGGUCAGUGUCUCCAUCCGCAGCUUCUCAGAGGACCCCAGGGCUGACACUGAGCACCGAGGCACCACCACACCCACUCAAGUCCUCCCUCCUGAGACCCCCCUGGCCACGGAGGUGCCAGCUCCUCCAGGAGAUCCAGAGGGAGGCCAGGCUGUGCCUGGGGAGGCCCAGAAAGAGGCAGACUCUGCAGAGUCCCCGGAGCCGCCUCAGAUGCUCCCAGACAAACAGGAAGAGUCCCUGGAGGACCUCCUCAGUGUUACCUCCAGCAAUGGGCAGGUCCACCGGACCGCCACAGACUUUUAUGCUGAGCAGAACUUCUCCGAUCUGGCCAAUGGGAACCAUGUGCAUGGAUCCAACCAGAAGGAGUCUGUCUUCAUGAGGCUGAGCAACCGCAUUAAAGCCUUGGAGAUGAACAUGUCCCUCAGCGGACGCUACCUGGAGGAACUCAGCCAGAGGUAUAAGAAGCAGAUGGACGACAUGCAGAAAGCCUUCAACACCACCAUCAUCAAACUUCAGAAUACCUCAAAAAUGGCGGAGGAGCAGGACCACAAGCAGACCGAGUCCAUCCAGCUUCUGCAGGUCCAGGUGCACAACAUCUCCGAGCUGCUCUUCAACCUGUCAGCCACGGUGCACAGCCUGCAGAGAGAGGCCUCCAGCCGACAGACCUACCUGCUGCUCAGCCUGCUCCUCUGCAUCUCCCUUGGGGUGCUGCUCUGCAUCCAGUGCUGUAGAGUCAUUGCUCCUCCGUUCCCAGAGCCUGACAGCAACGGCAUCUACUGGAGCCCUAAGAGGUGUUUCUCCUCAUAUGAUGACAUGAGCCUGUUGCGGAAGGUCCCCCGUCCCCUGGUGCGGUCCCGGUCGCUCCAGUUUUCCCCAGUUCCAGCUGACACAGAGCCUCUCAAGCGCCCUCCUGAGCACAGAAAGAAGAAGCUCCACACCACAAAGGCAGAGGGGGUGGAGACACUGCGGCCAUUGGUCCCAGCCUCCGCGCUGCCCAAUGGGGCUGCGCACUACAGCAGACUUCCGCGCGGCUUAAUGCGCGCCCCGGGGGUAGUGGACCCGACCUCCGAGGGCUCCUCCGAGGGAUCCUCCCACUCUGAGGAGUCCUACUUCUGCGGAAUCUCGGCCUCAGCCUGCAGCCGCCUCUGCAGUGGGCAGCCUCCCAUCAGGGGCAAGCCCGAGAGGCGGGGCUACAGACGGAGGCGCUCUAGACUGGCCGACACCUUGGCCACACCUCCAGGCGCACAGAGGGGGGGCCUUGCUGGCUUCCGGGUGCCGGCCCUUUCGGGACCUGUUUGACAGACUUCACACUCCCCUGUCUGAGCUGCAGAGAUGUGACUGGACAGAAUGGGGAGCGUACCAAUACCAGGGGAGAAGAGGGGUGGACUGAGACGUCCACCUUCAACAAUCCCUCUUGCUUUAUGUGCCUUCUCCUUCAGACCUCCCCAUCUCUUUUCCCCUCCUCCCAGACCAACAGCCCAAUCGAAUCUGGGCUUUAACCCCAGAACGUUCUUCUCACUCGCCUGUCCCCUCUCUCAUUUUAAAAAUGAACACCAUCCACUGCACUUGACAACAAAUAACUUGUCAUAACCCCCCCCCCAUGGUAUAAUACCCACCUCAAUACAACAGGCUUGCAGUAGUUUUAUGACAUUGCUGGGAACUCCCCCCCCCCCCCCCCCCAAAAGAAAAAGAAAACUAGUUCCCCCACAACAUGCAGACUUGUGCAAACGCAGCAUUUUGAAUCCACCUCUAGUUGUAGUGCUCGAGCCUCUAACUCAGGGGUCUCAAAUCUUACCUGCAAAGGGUCAGUGUGUGUGCAGGUUUCUGGGAUAACCUGUAGGUCAGCUGUUCAAACCCAGGUGUGAGGAAUUUUCAGCCAGUAGGGAGUUGCAGUGAAACCCCACAUACACAGCGGCCCUUUCUGGAUAACAUUACCCACCCCUGCUCUAACUGCUAACUGACAUCCCCAUGCAGGGGCCUUUUUUUUUUUUGCUUCAAUGGCUCCCCCUUGUGUCAGAAGUUAGAAGCACCACAGGAAAAAUGCCGUUUACUGACAAAGUAUGCAAAUAUGAAGUAAAUUCUCUAAGAUGCAUGUAUAAAAAGGCAUUGAUUGCAGCCAGCUACGCUUAUCUCAGGACGACAUUGUACAUCUCAGUGGCUGCAUGAAGCAGUUCAGUAAUAAUGCAAAUCAUUACGUUUGUGUUUGUUGGGUGUCUAGUGGAACGGGUAUUUAACUGCAAAAAUGCUUAAUUUCAACCAGUUUCAUUUUUUCCCCUAAACCCAGCCUUUAAAUCCACUUUCCCAUGAAUCUUCCGCGAAUCACCUGUACAUCAGGCGCAAACUGAGCUGGAUCUCUGGUCUGUGCUUUACGGGGUUUGGAGUCCAUUCAGAUUUAUUUAUAUUUUAAAUCGUUUCUGUAAACUCUGACAUUCCAAGCAGAUCGAAUAACCUGCAGAAGUCGCUCAUUGCUGGAGAAUCUCUCUUUCCUUACCAUGGAUUUAUGACUGAACAUCCAGGUCGACACUGUAGUUUCCCCCAUUGUCAGUCUCCGUGCGGCUCAUUCCAGUCUGUCAUCUUCACAAAAAUUCCCCUGUCAUUCUAUCAUCUGCUAGAUAUCAUUCUUCAGCGUUAAUUUAUUAUUCAUGGGCAGCUGUGUAAAUUCAAGUCCAGAUUAUAUAGAUAGGUGAAGAGAAUCGCCUCUGUCCAAAAUGUACGCAGGCGGUUCUUGUGUAGGGUUUUUUAUUUUAACCCCGAAGGGAGCAUGGGAUUUUAUAGCAGCGAUGUUUUAUAAGACAUAAAAACAGUACGUCUGCUUAGAGCAGGAGAUUAUCAGAAUUUACCUUCAGAGGUAUAAAUAUUUGCGUACAUGGGUUGCGAAUGCAAAUGCAACGUAAAGUUUUUUUAAUAGGGUAAAUGUUUUUAAGUAUGCUUUCAAUGUGCGUUCUAACAAAUGGAUAGAAAUUGCGUUAUUUAAAAUGUAUUAGCUGUCAGUGAGCACUUUUAAAACUUGUCUUCAUUUUGUGUACAUAUUUCCUGUGACCGGCCCAGCUUUCGUGAAGUUUACUCGCCACUGAGAGGCGGAACCGUGGUUUAGGGUCUGUGGGAAGACAUCCUGUUUAGCGACACUGUCCAGUACUACUGACAUGGGAGAAACUGUAAGUACAGUGAUGUCGUGCAUUAGAAACUGUGAAUUUCUAAAUAAACACUUUCUUCUGGUUC